AUGACUGCUCGCGAGGACAUAUUCGAGAAGUGCCCGGAGUUGCGGAAUAAUUCAGAGUCGGUUGGAGAGCUGCUGAUGGAUUUCUUUGAACUGUAUGGAAGCCAGAAGAUGGGAGGCGGAGCGGAGAUACUUUGCUACGAUGGUGCGAUAACGUAUUUCGAGGAUAAGGUGGCGGAGGAAGAGCCCCAGCAGCAAGAGCCGGUGUUGGUGAUGAGAUGCCCUAUCAGCAAGAAGGAUGUGAACCCGAUGAGCAAGGCAGUGUGGGAGGUCCUCCACGCUGAGUUUGUUAGAGCGCAUACGAUGUUGCUGGCAGGAGCUUCACUGGAUGAG